ACGCUACGAGCUAGCUAGUAGCUAGCUUGCUACGCUACGAGCUAGCUAACCGGAAACUACAAAUUCAGGCUGCCGGGUAUGAAGAAGGACGGGCAGGGGGAGGCUUUGGCUGCUCAUUCGUCCCUGUGUGUGUUCAUGCGGAGUGAACGAGGAUAUUGCUCAAGUAUUUUGACAUUGACCUCAACUAAUGUUUGAUUCAAAACUCCCUCAGAGUUACCUUUACUUUCGGCUGAGCUAGCUUGAGAACAACAAGUAGCCUCAGCUCAGCUCAGGUGUACCAGAGAGGUACCGGGACAUGGCCAGCGGUUCCACACCAAGUUUCACCUUCCAGGCUAACGGAGACGAAACCCCGAGGCAGGUGUCAGGCUCCGGGAGCUCACGUCGUCACGAUUCAGAGUCCGAAAUCUGCCCGGCCACCAAGAGCUUAGCUCGGCUGUGCAGCAGGGACAAAGAUGAGCGGGCUACGGCUCUGGAGAAGCUGAGCCAGGAGAUUCUAGUGUGUUUAGAAUUGGACCGGGCCGGUUCGGCUCGCCUCAGCAAACAGACGCUUCUUCAUCUCCUCCGGCUGUCCAGGACGUGUCCCCUUCAGGAGGUUCGGAUGAGGGCCACAGAGCUGCUGAGUGUUGCACAGGAGGAGGGGAUUGAAGUACCUCGAGCCUUGGCUUCUGGUCCAAGUGCUUUCAUUCCUGCAAAAGAGAUGUUGAUAGAAGGGCUAAACCAAGACAUCCUUAUUGAGUCUUUUCUUUCACUGGGUCGAGUCGAUCAUCUCACCAUGGUCAUGGCGCUCCACCCGACUUACCUGAGCUGCUUUUUGAGGACCCAGCAUGCUUUGUUUGAACUGGACGGCCCUUUGCCCCGUGACUGGAGACAUUACGUUUCCGUCAUGGCUGCAGCCCGACACCACUGUUCAUACAUGGUACAGCAGCACAGCAAGGCUUUCCUGGAGGCCGGAGGGGAAGAGAGCUGGCUCAGCGGCAUCAGGCAUGCGCACGUCAAACUCCGCAGCCUGCAUACCCUCAACAAGCUGCUGGCUCACCGACCCUGGCUCAUCACACAGCAGCACAUCCAGGAGUUGGUGUGUGCUGGGGCAGAGCCGCGUUGGUCCCUGGCCGAACUGAUCCAUGCCGUGAUUCUGAUGGCACACACUCACUCGCUCUGCUCCUUUGUGUGGGGCUGUGGGUUAAACCCAGAACCGGACCACAUUGGGGGCUACGCCUUCCAUCCUCUGUCUCCUGGUCACAUUCCUCACAGCCCAGCUCCUGAGGAUAGCAGGCAGGAGGCGAGUCAGUCACUCCCAUCAGCAGUCCGACAGACGGUGGACGGCGCGGUGGAGGUGGAGGUACUGAUGAAGAGAAUGGUGGAGCUGCAGCAGCAGCAGGAGGAGGAGGAGUGCACACAGGAGGAGAUGGUCACUCGGUUUGAAAGGGAGAGGAGCGAGAGUAUACCGACAGCGGUGGUAAGAGGAGCUCCACCUGAGCUGGUGUUGUGUCUAGUUGAGGAACCUGAGUUCAGAUAUGAGGACUUUGCCCCAAGAGGAGAACAGUCCCCACCCAUCAUGAGAGCACAGGAUUAUUCCUGGGAAGAUCACGGAUUCUCUGUGGUGCAGAGGCUGCUUCCCGACAUGGGUCAGUUCCUGGAUGAGGAAUUUCAGGUUGUGAGCAACUUGACUUAUAACAGGAUGGCCAUGCAUGAAGACGUGGACACUUACACUCUGAGGAAAGCUCUGUGGAACUACAUCCACUGCCUCUACGGCAUACGGUACGACGAUUACGACUACGGCAGUGUCAAUGUUUUAUUGGAGCGCUCUCUGAAGGUCUUUGUUAAAACCAUGGCCUGUCACCCGGAGCAGACCACUGCGCGCAUUUACCACGCCUUCUGGAGACACUUCAGACACUCCGAAAAGGUUCACGCCAAUCUAAUAGUGAUGGAAGCUCGUCAACAAGCGGCGCUCCUAUACACACUCAGAUCUAUCACGGCUUACAUUAAAUGACUUUGUUGCACAUGAGCCGCUAUGAUGGAAAACCUUAUUCUCACACACUACAGUGAAUGUUUGCAAAUUCAUAUCGUAUGUUUCAGUGUUAAAUGUUUUCGAUGCUGCUUUGCAAUGUGGAUGUAUUUAAAAAAAAUGUUACCUGUUUUUUGCACUGAAUAUGUGAGGAUGAAAAUCCCCAAUGGAGCCUUGAGCGUUCUGAUUUAUCUUGCACACGUCUGUAAAAUCUACAUGCUACACUCCUGGUGAUGUCAGGUCAGUUUGUUACCGCAUUAGUAAAUCACUGAUUGAAAAAAAGUUUAUUUUUGAUUUUUAAUUAACACUCUACUCAGCAAAAAUCAUAAAGAUUCUAGUUACUGUCUGCAGGUACAACAAGGUUAAGCUGAAACUUGAAAUAUCUUGUAUUUUUAUAAGCAAUAAAGUUUCUUUGUUAAUGGUGAA